UUCUAAGUACUGAAAUUAUCUUACGUAGUCCAUAGUUUAUCUGAACCAGCGAUUUUCAUAUAGUGAGGGGUAAAUUAUAUUCUGUAAAUUUAUUCCGAGCAGAACAGUUUGGUGUAGGUUAUUCUACGUACUUUACUUCUCUGUUUCCAAAACUUCAUUCAAAUAUUCUUAAAUUAGCAUAAUAAUGUCAUUUAGAGUUCUACACCUGCUGACAAUGCGAUGUUAUGCGCACUUGACUUCAUUGACGUCAAAGUAGAUCGGAGGAGGAAGAUAGACAGUGUGUAGUUUACAGUGAUGUUUGUAGUAAAUAUAACGUAUUGAUAAUGAGAGAAGAACUGUUCAGAUGUUGUAAACAAGGAAAUGCAACGCGAGUGAAGUACUUACUAGAAAACACUGACAUCAAUCCAAAUGUUAGAGACGAAUGGGAUAGUACACCGUUAUAUUAUGCUUGUCUGUGUGGUCACAGUCAGGUGGUUGACUUGUUGCUAAUGAAUGGUGCUCAUUGUGAUGCCAAUACUUUUGAUGGAGAGCGUUGUGUUUAUGCAGCACUUACUGACGAAAUAUCUGAAAAGCUACGAAGUUACAGAGUUCUGUCCAGUCGUACGAUGCGACGUGAUUAUUAUGACGAAUUCUUGCGCCGCCUGUUGCAGUGUAGUGAAUACAGCGAUGUAACAUUUGUUGUUCACGACGAAGAGUUUCAUUUGCACAAAUGUAUACUUUCCUCAAGAUCAGCAUACUUUUGCGACAAGUUUAGAGCCAAAUGGCAAGAUCGACAAGUUGUGACUAUUAAGAACAGUUUAGUAAAGUCGAACGCUUUUAGAGCACUGAUACAAUACUUGUACACAGGACGUUUAGAAACCCACCUGGACUCUGUGGAUGAUUGUAUUCUUCUGAGUUCCAAUUGCAAGCUGUUUGUCCUGGAAGAAGAGCUGAAGAAAGCACUUAAAAAAGUUACUUCUUCUGAAUAUGUCAAACCAGGUAUGCAUGUCAAAGUUAUUGUGUUAGAAUCGUCUGAGCUUACCGGUCAACUUCAAGAAGACUUUGGAAGAAUGGCUGAUGACGUUGUAAGCUGUUAUGAACCGCAAAACUUUGCUGAUUUGUGUUUAUACGUUGACGGGCGUUCAUUUUAUUGUCAUAAAUUGUUUGUGUGUGGCCGGAGUGAGUAUUUUAGCACCUUAGUGAGAAAGGAUCAUUUCAAUGAAGUGAAUAUUGAUACCGAGUUUGAUGUUCCAGUGAUAAGAAUUAAUGGAGUGCCUGUGGAAGUCCUUGCAGCAGUAUUGUAUUAUAUAUAUACCAAUGCUGUCAAUGUUCCUCCUGACCUUUUAUUGGAUCUUCUACAUGCUGCUGACAUGUAUUUGUUACCAGGUCUAAAAAAGUCUUGCGCAGCAUUGUUGGGUCAGUAUUUGAACCCAGAAUGUGUGAUGGCAUACUUACACACAGCACGUUUGCUUGGCUUACCACAACUUGAAGACCAGUGUGCAAAAUUCAUUGCACAGAACAUUUACACAAUGCGGAAUAAUAAAUCAUUACAUCAGAUGAUUUUACAAGAUGCAUUGGAUAUUCAACAUCGACAAGAGACGGACAGUAUUUCUAUUGUUGAUGACAUCAGGUACCAUAUCACCUCACACAUUGCCAGUAUCAGUGAAACAAUUGAAGCAAAUAACAAGUUGAAGGAAAUUGAUGAAUUGCUUGAAACCUUGGGGCUGGAUGCAUAAUCAAAGUCAUUGUUAUCAACUGUAUCUGUUGUUUUGUUUGUUGAUUUUUAUUUUAUAAAACAUGUUGAUAUUUUUAAUUUGAAAUAAACUAAUGUGGAUCAGUCAAGCUUUUCAUCUAAAUCUGAGCAGAUGUGGAUAAAUUGAUUCCAUCACCCUGUUUUAAGUAUUCUGCAAAGCAUUCCAGAAAAAGAGGGAUGCUCAUUAUGUAGUUUCCUUUAACUUUCAUUUGCUUGAAAUUUUCAGUGUACUGGUUAUAAACUGCCUGUAAUUCAAUGCAGUGAUGAUUCUUUUAAGUUUCUCAGCAUUGUACAAUUAAUAUCUUGGGUCAAGAGGAAUAUUCAAUACGAAUCAGCUUUGGCCAGUGAGAUAAUGUUGAAGGCACAUUUUGGUGUGUCUAUUCACAGUUUUGUUGUUAGUUGGCAAAGUCAAUGAAUGUAGGGGGGGGGGGGGGGGGGCACGCAACCCCAGGUUGUGUUGACAGACUGAUCUGUACCUUUGCCCAAGGUCUAGGUUAAGUUGGAAGAUAGCAGUGUGGUUGAGAGUUGGUGAAGCCAGCAAAUGUUAAAAAGAACCUGGUUGUGUUGACAGAAGAAUCGUAGCUUAGCCCAUUCGAAAAAAAUCACAACUGAUAUAAUGUUAUAGUCACCACGUUGUUUAUGCUGUUUGUUGCAUGUUUCCUGCAUCACUGGUCAAAGUUGAUGACUUUAUUCCGUAUAUCUAACACACAGCAACAGCUGUACAGAAUUGAAUGUUUGCUGUAACAACGACCAACUGAAUCACAUCACAUAAGUGCGAAGUCUAAGAAGUUAGAAGAAAUAAUGGGAACAUUUUCAAUAGAAACUUUUUCCAUAGCAGAUCACCGCCUCCGAUAAUCUCUAUGUUGUGAUCAAAUUCUUCAUGGAAAAUUUCACCAAUCUUGAUUUUGACAUGUCUGAUGACGUACCUAGUAAUUCUCCCAUGUUAUUUUUCACCACCUGUACUUUUCACAAAUUGAAUAUUAUUUGUCACCUCAUUAUAAUUUCAGUGGCUUAUGUGAAGCUGUUACCGUGCACACCCCAAAACUUUCAGUGGACAAUAUAUUGUAAUCUGUAUCCCAUUAAGUUUUACUGAUAUACAGCAAAACCAGUUUCCCCAACUCCUAUGCCAUUUUUGUUUCUGUCAGUAGUAGACAUGUGGCUUUAAAUGGGCUGCUUGUUGGCGAGAUCAGCUAGGAAUACAUUAUUUUGGUUUGAAAAACAGUUGGUACAGGCAAUUUGCACAAAAACUUGCUGUUUUGCAAAGUCCUUUUUUUAAUUCCGUGUCUAUCUAAUAGUGCCUGCUAUUAGCAAUAUUGUUUGUAUAGUGAAUGUUUGUAGCAAUGUUGUUUCAUGUGUUGGUAAACAAGUAGAAAAUUUACAUACACACACCUCUUUCUGCUAUUUCUGCACUUAAGUGGAUUUGGAUCUGUUACAACUUUUCUAGCAUGUCUCUCAACUGAUAUGAAUUAUGGUAUGUCGUGGAAAUAACUGUAACACAUGUAAUGAAAAAAUAAUAAUUUUUCUCGAUUUUAAAUAGUGAAAAAUCGGGGGUUGAAAUAACAACCAUGUGAAACAGGAUAGAUUGCUACUCACCACAAGAUGUUGAGGGACAUGUGCACGAAGUCAUUUUUCAGAGGUAGAAAAACAGUUGGGCCUUCACACAAAGGGAUAAAAGAUGCAAUUGUUGUAUCACAAUAAGGCAAAUUGGACUAGGAUGUGAUAUUGGAUCCUCUCUGAAAUCUUGGUUGUGGUGACAGACCAAUCUGUAGCAUAGCCUGUGUAGGUCGGGUUGAAAGGUAAUAACGUGGUUGUUAGUUGGCAAAGCCAACAAAUGUGAAUUUCAAAUAGCAUAGCCUAAUGUUUACAUUCACACCAUAUUUAAUACAAUAUUUUGAUGCAUAUUAUAUACACGAAUCGAGGACAAACUAUUGAAAACCAAGCAGGGGGUUCUCUUCGUAGUUUUUUAAUGGUAAAGUGUCCUGCUAUUUUGUGGCCUAAUUAGAUCAGAUCAGUGAUGCUGUGUGAAAUGCAUACAAGAGAUAUGUAUGCAAUUCAAAGAUGGUAGAAAAACAAGAACAAUAAAACAGACUAUAAAUGAAGAAAUGUAAAUACUUCACAAAAGGAUUGAAAGGAGGACAAAAAUGCUUGUAAGAGAUAAGCUGACCUCAGUCUGGAGGUUGGUUUUUAACAUUGUGCUGCUUUCAUAAGAAUAGAAUUUCCAUGCACUUGCUUCUUUAUCUUUGAAUUUAUUUAUGUAAUCAUCUACAAUGCGAAAUGUAAUCCAAACCACCAUGCAGCUUGAUGUGUUUCACUUGCACCAAGCAUUGCCAUAGAUGAAAGAAGUAAUGCAUGUCAGAAAUAUACCAGGUGUGCAUUCUGACCAUAAUGGGCCAUCCAGUGCUUACUGGCUACUGUGUCAUCUUCUGCUUUGUGGCAUCAGUUGGAUGCAGUAUGGAGGGGUGUCAGGUUCCCACAUCUUGGAGUCACUACAUCUCAUUUGAGUAGCUGCUCAGUACGUCUACAUGGCACUGUGGAUGUACUGUAUGGAGAAAUGUGUAGAAUUGAUUAUAAAACAUCCAGAGUUUGUUUUUAAAAAAAACAACAGUGGUUUUCUGCUAUCCCACAUACA